UCGUUGUUGCUGUUUUCACGUUUGUUGUUGAGGCAUCGAGGUCAGAAUAGUAAUAUUUUUCACUUCUUUGAACACAUACUACUCUAAUUACGUAUUUAUUUUACAAUACUCAGACUUCAGUUUUUGGGGGCACAACAGUGAAUCUGCUUGUCUGCCAAGAGAAUUAAUGAUUAUACAUUUGAUUCAUUACUGUAAUUAUGGACGAGUCUAACAGACCCUCUUCAUAUUUGGAUGAGCCUCCAAACAGUCGUCUGUUUCUCGUUACCAGUAAAUCCAUUACUGAAGAUAUCAUCCGAGAGCAUUUCACAGCUUUCGGGGAGAUUCAGGACAUCUGGGUGGUGAAAGACAAGCAGACGAAAGAGUCGAAAGGAGUGUCGUUUGUGAAAUUCGCCAAAUCUUCUCAAGCAUGUACUGCUAUGGAGGAAAUGCACGGCAGAUGCCUCGCCGAAGGAACCAAGCCUAUAAAGGUGUUCAUUGCUCAGUCCAGAUCCUCUGGCAGUCACCGGGAUGUGGAAGAUGAAGAGCUCACCAGAAUAUUUGUGAUGAUUCCAAGGUCCUUCACGGAGGAGGAUUUAAAAGAAUCCUUCAAGGAGUAUGGAGAAAUAGAGUAUGCUAUCAUUAUUAAGAAUAAGACCACAGGAGAAAGCAAAGGUCUGGCAUAUGUGAGAUACCACAAACCUUCACAGGCAGCCAAAGCCAUUGAAAACUGUGACAAGACCUUUAGAGCCAUAUUAGCUGAGCCCAGAACCAAAAUUGCAUCAGCUGACAACGAGCCAUUCAGCAACCCCAGACCAGAGCUCUCCACAAAUGAUCCAGGCCCCAGCUCUUACCCAUUUGCACAAGAUUCCAGCAGCUAUACAACAGGAGACGCGUGGAGCUCUGACAUCAUCACCCGGUGUCUGAUGGUGUCCUCACGCACUGCAAUCACACAGGAGCAGGUCUAUGGUUUGUUUGAUCUGAUCCCGGGACUGGAUUUCUGCGAGUUGCAGAGAGAUCAGUACGGCUUCAGCAAAGGUCAGGCUGUGGUGCGGUAUAAUAAUUUGGGUUCUGCGGUUUAUGCUAAAGAAAAACUGAACGGUUUUGAGUAUCCGCCUGGUAACCGCCUCUCGGUAACUUUCAUAGAUGAUGGGGAGGACAGGACAAGUCCCGUGGGAAAGAUGGCAAUGCAGCUCGUGGCUGCUCAGAUGAUGUCUAUGGUGUGGAACGGCCCCACGGGUGCACAGCUAAUGAAGACUAGUGCGGGUUAUGCUGCACCAACUAUGCCUCAAAAAGCUCGUGUGCAGACAGAUGUUGCUCUCCCACCUCUCAAGAAACUGGCUCUGUCUGACAGCGUAGUGAAGGAGAGACUCUUCAUCAUAUUCAACCCCUCUCCUCUACCUGUGGAUGUACUGGAGGACGUUUUCUGUCGUUUUGGUUCUCUAGUGGAGGUUUACUUGGUUCCGGGCCGGAAUGUGGGCUACAUAAAGUACGCAGACCAGAAACAUGCUCAUGAUGCCAUAGUGAUGCUGCACGGUAAAGUGGUGAAUGGAGUAAAGAUGAAGGUCAUGUUGGCAGACCCACCAAAAGAGGAGUCGCACAAACGUCAGAGAACUUACUGACCUUAUGACAGAUGCAGAGUUUUAAGUGACAUGACGCAUGACCCCGACAUGACAGGACGGAUAUUUACGAUGACACAACCUCAUAGCGACGGACACUGACUUCCAUACUUCCAUUUCAGUUUAUUUCAGUUCUCAAUAGAUUUUCUUUAACGUUCUCCCUUUCUAACUUUCUUGUUUACUGUUUGUUAACUGUCAGUAAUUGAGACACUUAACAUACUGUAAAGUGACGGACAAAACAAACAAAGAGUUUGAGCUCAUGCUCUGUAUCUAUUUCUUGUGUCUGAUGUGAACGGAAUGACCAAAUAAAUGGUUGAAAAAUUUAUUGAAU